CUCUUUCUCCAACUUUCAAAUACAGGAUUUAAAAGCGCGAUCUAAAGGCCACUGACCACAUCCCUUCGUCUUUGUCCCCCUUUUUUCUCUAGAGUCCGACUGCUAUUUUCUAUUGACGGUGAAACUGCUGUACCUAUGCCAUUCUUUUCAAAGGACACUUUCCGUGAAUAUGUCAACCGCUGCAAAAAUGACCAAGAUUUUUUGAACGGUUGGGAGUUGUAUGAGCGUAACCCAGAAUUUAUGGUCUAUCGAAAACCUGCUCACGGGAAAAGCGAUAAAUUAUUUCAGUAUAGAGCGAUUGGAGGUUGGAAUGAGGUGAAGCCAACGACAUUAGCUCAAGUCUAUCUUGAUCUCGAUUUUAGAAAGCAAUGGGAUAAACAUAUGUUGGGUUAUCAAUACUUUGACCACAAUGGCAAUAAAGCCAUUCACUUUGAAAUCAAGUACCCUUGGCCACUUUCCAAUCGUGAUUACGCUUAUGUCAUGGAACAGCAGCUGGUACAAGACGAAAAUGAUAUAGUGCACAUUGUUAUCCUGGGCGAGUCGUUGCCUGUAGACAGCUUUCCUUGUAGCAAAGGAACGAUUCGUAUUGACACUUAUUUGCAAAAUAUUUGUAUCUCUCCUAAUAAAGAUGGCCAUGGGUGCCUUAUCUUUAUGGACUAUUUUGAUGAUCCAAAGGGAAGUAUACCAAAGUCGGUUAUUAACUGGGCUGCAAAGACUGCUGUACCAACCUUUGUUAAUAAUCUAAAGAAUGUUUGCUUAGAGUAUCAGCGAGAACAUCCAGGGGAUAUUUUUCUUGAUACAUCCGACAUUAUAAAAUUGUAAAUAACAUAGAUGAAAACAAGGCAGUGCCAAGUUUAACAAUAAAUUAUGUGCAUCUUUUAUACUUUUGCUGAUGCACGUUAUACAAUUCUUAACAAGGCUUCAUUUAUACCAUACCAUCCUCAGUUUAAUUAAAAAAGAGGGGUUUUUGCGCUUAGAACAAAAGAGUGAUGUGACGUUGAA